AUGACGCUUGGUAGUCCCGCCACUGCUACCGUGGUCAAGAAGUUCUCGACGGCACCGGCCACCAAGAGCGUUUCUCAGCCUGACAUGUUUUGUCGCCAGUGCGAGCAAACGCGGGAUCACUUUGCUUGCACUACCGUGGGUAUCUGUGGCAAAUCCUCGGGAACGGCCUGCAUUCAAGAUACCCUCAUGCAGUUGGUCCGGUCGGUGGGGCAACUCGUCGUGGCCGCAGAGACGGCUGGAGUUUCUGCACCAGCGGAUUUGAAAGCGGCGCAUUUGUGGACUCUGCAGGCAACUUUUUCGACCUUGACCAAUGUCAAUUUCAGUGAUGGACGUAUCAGCAAAUUUAUUCAAGAGGGAGUCGUCAUUGGCAAAGAGCUCGAGGCCAAAUUGGGUGGUAGCAAUAAUGUUCCCACGACGUUGCACAAUGACUUGGACGGGUUGAACGAAGAAGAACUUGAAGCCAAGGGCCUCGACGAAUUUUCCAUUCCCAAGCGACAGGCAGCCAUGGGCAAUGACGAUGCCUUUUGUCUCAACGAAUUGGCCACCUACGGGCUCAAGGGAGUUUGUGCUUAUGCGGCUCAUUGCCAUCAGAUGGGGUACAUGGACGAUGAUGUCAUGAUGGACAUUCACAAAAUACAUGCGCAGCUCAACAGCCAGGAACCGGACGUGGAUGGAUUGCUCGCAUCGUGCCUCAAGGUGGGAGAAAUCAGUGCGAGGGUCCUGGCCAUGCUGGAUGAUGCCCACGCAACCAAGUACGGAGUCCCCGAGCCGACUCAGGUCCGUAUGACUGCGGUCGAAGGAAAGUGCAUCCUCGUGUCCGGUCAUGACAUGGUGGAUUUAGAAGCCCUGCUGAAGCAAACCGAAGGAACGCGAGUUAAUGUCUACACUCAUGGCGAGAUGACGCCAGCCCACGGCUAUCCGGAACUCAAAAAGUACAAACAUCUCGUUGGAAACUAUGGCACGGCCUGGCAGAAUCAAAAGUUGGAAUUCGCCACAUUUCCUGGUCCUACCAUUGUCACUACAAAUUGCGUCCUAGAGCCUCGCAAAAUGUACAAGAAACGACUCUACACAAUGAACGAAGUGGGAGUCGAUGGCGUCCAGCACAUUGGGCCAGAUCGAGACUUUUCUGCCGUCAUUGCACAAGCACAGUCGCUCAAGGGAUUCCCUCGCACCAUCGAACCGGCAAAAUACCACACUGUUGGCUUUAAUCACCGUGUCGUCUUGACGUUGGCGGAUCAGGUCUUGGAAGCCGCCAAAAGCGGACAGCUUUCUCGAAUCUUUUUGAUUGGUGGCUGUGAUGGCUCCCAGUGGGACCGAUCCUACUUUACCGACCUGGCACGGGAGACACCACCGGAUUCCCUGAUUCUAACCCUGGGUUGUGCCAAGAACCGAAUCAUCCACGAUGAAUCCUUGCUGGAAGCCAAACUGGCCAACGGAAUACCUCGCGUGUUGGAUAUGGGUCAGUGCAAUGAUUCCUACAGUGCCGUCGUGGUGGCAACAGAGCUGGCAAAAGCAUUGGAUUGCACCGUCAACGAUUUGCCUCUCAGUCUGGCUGUCUCGCAUUUGGAGCAGAAAGCUGCAGCCGUCUUGCUCACUCUGCUGCAUUUGGGAGUCAAGAACAUUCGCCUGGGACCAAGUCUACCGGCGUAUCUCACUCCCAACAUCAUCAAGGUGCUGCAGGACAAUUACAACCUGAUGAAUACUGGAGAUCCCGUCCAGGAUUUGGCAUUGAUGAUGGAAGGAAAGUAA